AUGAUCCCGAAUUUCACUGAAUCCUUUAAUAUUUCGGAUUAUGAUGACCCAGGUAUGAACGCAACCAAUAAUGUUACAGAGAGAUUUUAUAAUUACCCUACAGCUGUGUAUAACACUCUAUUGCUUAGUACUGGUUGUAUCGGUAACACGCUGGUUCUUAUUGUUUAUGGAUUGCGUCUGAAAGCAUCUUCCUUCAAUACGUUUAUAGUAUUUCUUGCCAUGAUGGAUUUGAUUUGCUGUGCUAUAGAGAUGCCGCUCGAUGUUUUAAAUAUGACCUAUUCUGAAAUGAUAUACGGAUGCAAAGCAAUCGUUUCCAUAGCAACGACUACAGCUACUGCUACAGGAUUGACUCUGGUUGCCAUAGCAGCGCUCCGAUAUCGAGGAAUUUGCCAUCCUCUUAAACCAAAUAUUUCUAUCAAACAAGCGAGGAUAAUUGUGUUUUGUUCUUUUAUUUUCGCUUUAUGUACAUCUUGGCCUUCAGCUGUCAUUGUCACGGAACAGAUAGAACCCUUGAUGUUUGAAGAUGAUGUGUUUUAUGUAGUGAAUUGUGCCCCGGAGAAUCGAUUUAAAGAUACGCUUUAUCCUGUGAUAUAUAACGGAAUUCUUUUUCUAAUUUUCAUCUCUGCUUUCAGUUCUAUCGUUAUUUUGUAUCUCAUCAUCGCCAGAAGUCUGUGGUUGAGAAAGAAACAUGGAAUUUCAAGCCACAAUAAAAAACAAGGGAGCACUGGUUCUAAUAAUAUAUUGUUAACGUCAAAGAGUGGCAGUAGUAACAAUGACUCGGUGAACUCUUCAAAGAGUGAGACUUCUCCAAACAAAACCGCGCAUAAAUCCACAGAGAACAAACGCCAGAAGUUAAAAGGUCAAGGAAUGUUUAAAAUGCUAUUUAUAGUAACAUUAGUCUUCUUGUUGAGUUAUCUCCCUCAUCUAUCACUAAUGGUAACCGAACUUGUGGCGGGAAAAUUCAAAUUAACGAAAGUGACUGAAAGUUUAGUGGGAAUCUUCAUCAGGUCGUAUCUAAUAAACAGUGCCUGUAAUCCUAUUAUAUACGGAUGCUAUAGUAAGAAAUUUAGAACAGAAAUCAUGUCGCUGUUUAAAAAGACAAAAUGA